CCGAUUGGUCAAGCGGCCGCAGUUUAAAAAGUUGACCGCGGAAAGAGGAGCAGCGGUGAAGCUAACGUUCGAUGUUUUCUGUUUUUAACUCGGUGUGUGGGGGAUAAAAGACGCCCAGAAGAUGAUGGAGUCGUGUUUCAACGGGAAGCCGGAGCGGGUCGGACCGGUGGAGAUUGAGGACAUCAAGAGAGACCUGCUGGGAGAAUUUGCUGCUCUGCCUGCCCUGCAGGAGAACCUUCAGUCGCAGACGGAGAACCUGCAGGUUUACCUCAGAGUCCGACCUUUUACUGCAGCAGAGAGCGACAACGGACAGUCCCAGGACUGUGUGACCAUUGAGGGGCCCGACACCGUGGUCCUCAAGGCCCCCAGGACCUGUCAAUCAAACCGACAGGGCGACAAGUCCCUCCCACAGACGGCACAGAGGUUCAGCUUCACACAGGUGUUCGGUCCAGAGGCCAGUCAGAGGAAGGUGUUCGAUGGUUCUGUUCGGGGUUUGGUCCAAAACGUGCUGCAGGGAGGAAACUGUCUGGUGUUCACUUAUGGAGUCACCAAUGCUGGAAAGACCUUCACCUUCCUGGGUCCGGACCAUGACUCGGGUCUGCUGCCCAGGUCUCUGUCUGUGAUCUUCAACAGUAUUGAAGGUCGUCAGUACGGUCGCUGUGACCUGAAGCCUCAACGCUGCCGAGACUUCAGCAGACUGACUGCAGACCAGCAGGCAGCAGAAAGCAGCAGCAAGAGGAACCUGCUGAGGCUGCUGAAGGAGAGCGACAAAACUCUGACCUGUGGAAAGUCAGCUUUUCUGGAAGCCUCUCUCAGCAGUGACAGCAGCGUAAACAGUACUUCUGAAGCCGACAGCUUCUGUCUGGACGUCGACUCAAACGUCCGUUUCUCUGUCUGGGUUUCAUUCUGUGAGAUUUACAACGAGAACAUCCACGACCUGCUGGAACAGGUUCCCAGUGGACACCAGAGGAGGACGGUGCUGCGACUGUCUCAGGAUGUCAAAGGAAACUCCUUCAUUAAAGACCUGCGCUGGGUCCAGGUGAGCAGCUCUGAGGAGGCCUACAGGGUGAUGAAGAUCGGGAAGAGGAACCAGAGCUUCUCGUCCACCAAACUGAACCAUCUGAGCAGCAGGAGCCACAGCAUCUUCUCCAUCAGGAUCCUGCGGGUGGACGACGUCGGGGUUCCCAGAGUCCUUGGCAUCAGCGAGCUGGCGCUGUGCGACCUGGCCGGCUCGGAGCGCUGUUCUCGGACCCACAACACUGGUGAGAGGCUGAAGGAGGCGGGAAACAUCAACAGCUCGCUGCUGACGCUGGGGAAGUGCAUCAGCGCCAUGAGGCUCAACCAGAACGCCAAGUUCCAGCACCAUGUUCCCUUCAGGGAGUCCAAACUCACCCACUUCCUGCAGUUCUUCUUCUGUGGUGCUGGCCAGGUCUCCAUGGUGGUCAACAUCAACCAGAACUCGUCCUGCUUUGACGAGACGCUCAACGUCCUCAAGUUCUCGGCCCUCGCUCAGAAGGUGGUGGUUCUGACCUCCAGACCUCCGGUCCUGGACGACGCCUCCCACAGGGCGGCCAUGGAGCUGUCCAUGAUCAUCGAUGAGGCCGACCGGCGCAGGAAGGGGUCGGGUCGCGGCAGGAAGAGUUCACUGGUCGCCUGGGAGACGACCCUGGAGGACGUGAUGGAGGACGGCGAGGAGUGGGAGGAGGAGGAGGAGGAGGAGGAGAGCCUGAUGGAGGGGACGGUGCUGGAGGGAGGAGGGGAGGAGGACGUAACCAUGGAGGAGGAGCUGAAGCAGGAGGGCAGGGAGGCGGCACUGCGUCUGGUCCUGGAGGCUCAGAUCAGGGAGGAGGUCAGCGCUGAGUUCAUGGAGCUGUUCAACAAGAUGGAGAAGGACUACAGCGAGCGUCUGGAGAAGGAGAGGGAGAUCCUGGAGGAACGAGCAGAGAAGAGGGUGGAGAUCCUGAAGAACCUUGUCAGCAAGACGGUGGACCUGUCUGCCACCAAGACUGAGGACAGCAAGGAGGAGCAGGUGGUUCUGUUGGAGGGAAUCAUCAGCUCAAUGACUGAAGACCUGGAGAAGAUCAGAGAGGACGCUCAGACCGUCCACCGCUGUCUGACUGAACAGACACAAGCAGCAGAACUGGAGGCGCUGCGAUUGGAGAAGCCGCAGUCACAUGACCAGCUUCAGGAGGCCAAAGAGAGUCUGGAGCAGCAGCGGCUGAAGAUAUCUGAGCUGAUGGAGCUCUGUCAGCAGAAGGACGGCAUCAUCUCUGAGCUGAAGGCCGCCAUGGACAGGAGGAGGCCAGGAGGAGAGGAGGAGAGCCGGAAACGCCAACGAGACUCUCUGGAGGACGAGGAGGACCGAGGAGGACUGGCCAAGAAGAGAGUGGUUCUGGAGGAGGAGAUCUGGAGGCUGCAGGAGGACAACGACAAGAAGGAGGAGACCAUCAUCGAGCUGAGACAGAGGGAGGAGAGAUGGAGGAACCAAGAGGAGGAGCUGGAGAAGGAGAAGACGAAGAUGGAGGAGGAGCUGAGGAGAUGGAAGGAGAAGCUUGAAAAAGAGAAGAUGAGGAUGGAGGAGGAGGUGAAAGAGGAGAAGACGAGGAUGAAGGCGGAGCUGGAAAAGGAGAAGAAGAAGAUGGAGAACGAGGUGGAGAAGCUAGAAGAGAAGCUGGAGAAGGAGAGGGUGAGGCUGGAGGAGGAGCUGAGGACACGAGAAGAGGAGGUGGAGGAGCUGAAGAAGGAGCAGGUUUUUCUGGAGCAGAAGGUGCAAAAACUUGCAGAUCUGGAUGAGUGUCCGAACUGUGACUCUGUGUUUUCGUCUCUGGAGUCGGAGCAGAGGGAGUCAUCCAGACUGCAGAAGGAGAACAAAGCUCUGGUGAACGGCAUCUUCCAGCUGCAGACGGAGGUGACCAGUCUGCAGACGCAGCUCAAACAGCAGACUGACAGGUCUGACAGCCUCUCAGAGGAGUUCAGCACCACUAAGACCCGCCUCCAGGACCUGGAGAGCCAAUCAGAGGAGAAGACCAGCUCCAUCAACAGUCUGACGCAGGAGGUGGAGCGUCUGAGACAGGAAGUCAAGGAGGAGGAGGAGGAGGGGCGGAGCAGCAGCAGUGUUUUCCACACCGCCAUGGAGGAGCUGAAGAAGGAGAGCCAGGAGGCACUGCAGAGGUCGGCUCAGAAAUCACAGCAAAUAGAAGAACUGCAGAAAGAGAAGAGACAGCUGGAGGAGACACUGAAGCUCAGUGAGAACAGGUGUUCUGAGCUCACUGAGGCGUUGACCAAUCAGAGAGCAGAGUUCUCUCGUGUGAGGGCGGAGCUUCAGUCUGAGGGCGGAGCCCUGCGAGGCAGACUGGAGGAGAUGGAGAGAAGGGAGGAGGAGGCAGCAGAGCUGCAGCGAAUCGUCUCUGAGAAGGACAGACUUCUGGAGGACAGCCUGCAACAGGUUGAGACGCUGAGACGAGAGCUGCAGCGUCUGAAGGAGGAGCUGCUGAGGAGGCAGGAGGAGGAGAAGGAGAACCUGGUGGAGGACAAGAAGGUGUCGGUGGUGGAGGAGCUGAAGGAGGAGCUCCAGAGGCUGCAGGAGAGGAGGAGGAGGCAGCAGACGGGGGAGGAGCAACAGGAGGGGAGGCAGUUCCAGGCCGUGAAGAAGGAGGUGGAGAGACUGAAGAGGCUGAAGGAGGAGACUCACCUGCAGGGAGACACUCAGGUCGUCGGUGUUUCUCCUCUGAGGUCCAACAUGGCCGACAGGAAGCGGACCCACAGGACGACGUGCAGGAAGAGGAAGAGCUGCGAGGUGGAGGAGCUGGUCUUCAGCGAGAACAAGAGGAACAGACCGAGAGCAAACACCCGCAACACCAGACAGGAGAAACGAGACGGAGCUCUGCAGAAGAUCGGAGACCUGAUCCACAGCUCACCCUCCAUCAUCAGCAGCAAAGCUAAAACCAUCAUCGGUCUGGUCAGCGGACACUCGGUGGAGCAGGACACGGUUGUUUCCACGGCAACCAAACCCCGGCGAGGACGCAGGAAGCUCUACAAGGCAGGAAUCACAUCACCGCUGAUCGACUCACCGCUCAUGACAUCUGGAGCCGCAGAGGAGGAGAAGGAGAGCGAUCACCUCAUCAUUAAGAGACAGCUGCGCUCCAAGACCUGUAGGAAGUGACAUCAUCACUGUGAGAUGGCUGUCAGACUCUUUAGCUCCAGCCUGCUCAGAGUCUCCAGGUUCCAGAUGUCUGUACAGUUUUUUUUUAAUCUUCUCUAGUUCUGUAGUUUGUGAUUUUUAAUGUUUCAAUAAAGAUGUGACUGAA